AUGGGACAAUCCCGUUACGGUAGUGUGUCCAAAACCCUCGGCCAGAAUCCUGCAAAUCUGCUCACUGCGGCCGCCAGCACUGGCGCGUCCAUUGAUGGCUAUAGUAGGUCGAGCCCUGUGUCCAUUAUUCCCGUCUUCAGCCUCCGUUUAGCCUGA